CGCUGCCGAACUCCCGGACAACACCGCCGUCCAGAAUGGCUUGAACCACAAGCUGGAUGAAGAAGGCGAAAAGCCCAUAUCCAGCUCAGAACCAGACUCUAGUGUGGCUCCAGCUCAACCACUCCCUCUGACCCCUGCUGCUGAGACUCCAGUCACUGCUUCCGUCCUGGAUGCUGAGAAGAUGAGUGAGAACCCACCAGAGAACCAGACUCUGCCUUGGAUCCAGCUCAACCAGCUCUUGGGACCCUUGCAGACGAGACCUCCUUUCAUCCCUGCAGCGCAGGAUGACCUGACCACCAGUGCUGAACAUCCUGCCAACUCCACCAUCCAAAAUGGUUUGAACAGUAGCCUGGAUGAAGCAGAGGAACAGUCAGCGCUCAGCCUAGAGUCUGCUGUUAUUUCUCCUCUACCUGCUCCUCUGACCCCCUAUCCCGUAACUUCUACCAGCGUCGCCCACAUCGCUGACGCCGCCAACACCUCCAACGCCCAGCAGCCAAUGCUCGGUCCAGAACCAGACUGCGCCUCUGUUACCACUCCUCCACCACCUUUGACCCCUCUUGCUGAUGAGUCUCGUGUCAUCUCUGCAGUACAGGAUGAGCUGAUCAUCACGCAGCAGCCAGUCAGGGUGGAGGAAUCUUUCAACACCACAACAGAGGUUAAAAAGACAGAGAUGAGUGGAUUCAGCCGCUUCUUCACUUGGCUGCAAAAAAACGUCUACUGCUGCUUCCUGCCUGAAGACAACGCAGAGACAGAAUGAAAUUCUCUCUGUAAAAAAUCAUUUUCAUGCUGCAUUGCAGUCUUUAUU